AUGCUUUUUCCUUCUCAUGAUAGUCAGGCUUUCACCUCUGUGGACAUGGACGUGGGAAAUCGCACCAUCCUGACUGAAUUCAUCUUGUUGGGUUUCUCAGCAGACCCCCAGUGGCAACCAAUUCUAUUUGGAAUGUUUCUGAUGCUCUAUUUGAUAACCUUGUCGGGAAACAUGACCUUGGUUGUCUUAAUCCGAAUUGAUUCCCACUUGCAUAUGCCUAUGUACUUUUUCAUUGGUAAUCUGUCUUUUUUGGAUUUCUGGUAUACCUCUGUGUAUACCCCCAAAAUCCUGGCCAUUUGUGUCUCAGAAGAUAAGCGCAUUUCCUUGGCUGGAUGUGGGGCUCAGCUGUUUUUUUCCUGUGUUGUAGCCUACACUGAAUGCUAUCUCCUGGCAGCCAUGGCUUAUGACCGCCAUGCAGCAAUUUGUAACCCAUUGCUUUACUCAGGUACCAUGUCCACUGCCCUCUGUACUGGGCUUGUUGCUGGCUCCUACAUAGGAGGAUUUUUGAAUGCCAUAGCCCAUACUGCCAAUACAUUCUGCCUGCGUUUUUGUGGUAAAAAUAUCAUUGACCACUUUUUCUGUGAUGUACCACCAUUGGUAAAAAUGUCCUGUACAGACACCAGGGUCUAUGAAAAAGUUCUCCUUGGUGUGGUGGGCUUCACAGUCCUCUCCAGCAUUCUUGCUAUCCUGAUUUCCUAUGUCAACAUCCUCUUGGCUAUCCUGAGAAUCCACUCAGCUUCAGGAAGACGCAAGGCAUUCUCCACCUGUGCUUCCCACCUCAUCUCAGUCAUGCUCUUCUAUGGAUCAUUGUUGUUUAUGUAUUCAAGGCCUAGUUCCACCUACUCCCUAGAGAGGGACAAAGUAGCUGCUCUGUUCUACACUGUGAUCAACCCACUGCUCAACCCUCUCAUCUAUAGCCUGAGAAACAAAGAUAUCAAAGAGGCCUUCAGGAAAGCAACACAGACUAUACGACCACAAACGUGA